AUGGGUGUUUCUUGGGUGUUUGAACACGAGAAGUCAGCUAAGGAGGUUGAACGUCUACUGGAAGGUGGUGGUGCGGAACAAAUUGGGACAUUCACUGUCGACUGCUUGCCUUACAUCCCAAAUGAUAAGCUUCAAAGUUGUAUUCAGCACAAUUAUGUUCUACACCAUAGCAAUUUUCCGCAGAGCACUUUUUCAAUAGCUCCGACGGAUUGCUUACGAACAAGUCCACGGGCUGUUUGCGAUCUCGGUUUUGAUCUAAUCUUAGCGAAACUUUCACCUGGUCUCACUCCUGAUACACCUGGGAAAUACGAGGUUGCUGGUGUGGAAUAUCGAUUGAAAGAUUUCGUUGUCCGAGUAGGGACAGCGUCUCAAGUUACCACUGCCAAAGGAGUGAUUGUUGAGGUGGAAUAUGAGCCAUCACAAGUUGCCGUUCAGAGCGCACAUAUGAUGACCGAGAUGAUGCAGAUGUUUUUCCCUCAAUAUGCAGGAACUAAGCCGGACGUUAUCAAUAAGUCAUCGCCAGAACCAUACUCUGCCUUGGACACGAUGUAUCAAGGCUCCGUGUAUGCUAUCGUUCGAUCUUUGCCGUGGGUUAAACGCCGAGUUAAGGCUGAUCUUGAAAGGGCUAGACGUGAAAUCGAGGAAGAAAUCCAUCAGUGUGACCAGAAGCGUGACUUUUACAAAUUUCUGCCAGAACAUCCUAUUAAUAAAGAGGAUAUUCUUGCGGAGGCCCGUCAAUAUGCUGCUAUGGGCGAGCGGCGAUAUAUGGAACAUUACGAUCCGUUAACAAGGAACGAAGAUAUGGCGCUAUGUGCCAAGAUUUACGAUCUUUUCUCUCAUUCGGAUCCACAUCGCUCAGAUGCGUUUCCUGGCGCUAGAAAAAUGGAAGCAGAAAUUUUGAGAAUGUCGUUAUCAAUUUUUCAUGGAGGCCAGGAAGCUUGUGGAGUUGUAGCUAGUGGAGGGACGGAAGUGAUGCUACUGGCUUGCCUUGCAUAUCGAAAUCGAGCUAUCGCUCAAGGAAAGUACCAUCCGGAAAUAGUUGCCCCUUCAACGGCCCAUCCCGCACUGGAUAAAGCAGCCGCGUUGUUUGGGAUGACGAUCCGAAGAGUUCCGGUUAGAGAAGAUGAUCGGGUGCACGCGUCAGCCGUAAAGAGGGCCAUUGGUCCGCACACUUGUGUGAUUGUUGCAUCUGCUCCCAACCACAUUACUGGUACAGUAGAUCCAAUUGAAAAACUGUCAGAGGUUGCUCAGCGUUUCGGUGUUCCUUUACACGUUGAUUGCACGCUUGGUGGAUUCCUUCUUCCAUUCAUGGAAUACUGUGACUACUCCGUUCCCACAUUUGACUUCCGGUUGCCGGGAGUCACUUCCAUAUCCAUUGAUUUGCACCGAUACGGUCAGUGCCCUCGGUCAUGUUCGGUUCUUAUGUACCGUGAUCAGACAAUGAUGCACCACCAGUGUUUUUGUAACAACGACUGGGCCGGCGGCGUAUAUGCAACCCCAACCUUAGCCGGUGGAAGGGAUGGGGGUGCUGUCGCUACUGCAUGGGCCACGUUGCUCGGUAAGGGUCGUGAUGGUUACAUAACGGCUUGUCAACGUGUAGUUGAAGCAACUCGCCGCCUAGCAGAUCUUCUCUCCGACAUAGAAGGCAUAUCAUUGAGAGGAGCUGCCGAUUUAUGUGUUGUUGCAUUUGAAACUACUAUUGGCGAUAUCUACGUUCUCGUUGACUUCAUGACGACAAAGGGUUGGCACGUCGAUCCACUUCUGUCUCCUGAAGCAGCUCGAGUGCCGGUCACUUUAAGGAUGUGCGAGGAGGGCAUACUUGAGACUUUCGUUGAAGAUGUCAUUGAAGGUCUUCGAUAUCUUAGCGAAAAUCCUACGAAAACAACAAAAACUUCUGCUUUCUACCACAUGCUUCAAACGGUUGCUGAUCGUAUGUUGGUCGACGAACUCUCGUUAAUUCGUCUACAGGCUCACUACAGUAUCCCUCCUCCUCUUGAUCGAGAGCACAGAUCAUUACGAGCACUAAGCGUCGAUGGGCGUAAGAUGAGUUUACUAUCUCCGAUCGAAAUAACGAAAUCGUCAGCAGACGGACAUAAAAGCAGUUUCUUGUCUUCUUCUUGA